GUUUGAGAGAGAGAAUCUCGUGGCCGGAGCGCUUGCAUUUGUCAUGCAUGAACUGCAGAGUCGUAUUGGGUUUCUGUUGUACGUUGGGGUUGGGAGUACGUUCUUAACCGCCCUUCCAUUCUCUGAUUCUCAAUCCUUCCAGGCCAUACCUAGCUUCUUCUCCCAUUGUUUUUUCUUCUUCUAGAUCAAUUUAAUUACCUCAUGAGCACAUAAAUAUACUCCGUAUAUUUUAUACAUUCUCAUUAAUGAAAUCACAACAUAUAUAACCCUUAGAUUUGUUAAACAAAAGUACGUACGUACAUAUUAGCUAGCUAGUAAUUUAAUCAGCUAGCUAGCUAGAGAGCUAAGAUCUGCAGGAAAUAUGUUGCUUGGGCUGGCGGCUUCAGAAUGCAGUAGUGGUGAUGGGAAUGGGAAGGGUUUGUUAGAAUACGUGAAGAAAUGGUCGCCGUCACCAUUCUUGUUGAAGACGUACAUGCUGGUGGAGGAUCCGGCCACCGACGACGUCAUUUCUUGGAACGCCGACGGGACGUCCUUUGUGGUGUGGCAGCCGGCGGAGUUCGCCAGGGACUUGCUCCCAACCGUCUUUAAGCACAGCAACUUUUCCAGCUUUGUCCGCCAGCUCAAUACCUAUGGUUUUCGCAAGGUGGCCUCUGCCCGGUGGGAGUUUUGCAACAGCAAGUUCCAGAAAGGAGAGAAGGAUUUAUUGUGCGACAUUCCUCGAAGAAAACCCACAUUGGCGGCGAACAAUAAGCAGCCAGCAAAUAUAAAAAGCAACAACUUCGUUGAUCAUCAGCCAAAGUACGAUGAAGAGCAAAAGUCACUGUCAUCCACCACAUCAAUGAGGGUGUCAUUUCCCUCAGAAUACGACAUCCUCAUUGAGGAGAACAAGAGGCUUCGGGGUGAAAAUGGAAUCCUAAGCUCAGAGUUGUUGACGAUGAAGAGGAAAUGUCAAGAUCUACUUGACUUGAUGUCCACGUAUGCCACCAGUGAUAUUAGGAGGAGGUGGAGGAGGCCCACCACCGCUAACUCAUAUGAGGAGGAGGAGGAGGAGCAGGAGGAAGAAGAAGAGAGAUCAUUCAUGCUAUUCGGAGUGAGAUUAAUUAAGCUAGCUGAGAAGAAGAGGAAAAGAAAGGAGUUCUCUGGAGCUGCUAAGCUCUUUCUUCCCCAAACUCCCACUUAUGCAAAUAAGAGCCCUAGGUUCGAAGGGAGAUCUCACGAUGGCAAACAAUUUGAAGACACCGGUGAUGCAGUUUGACGGAACAGAUUACGGAUUCUGGAAGUUGCAGAUCGAAGAUUACCUGUACGGUAAAGAUCCGUAUCAACCUCUGGAUGAUAAGCCGGAAGACAUGAAGGAGAGCGAUUGGAAGUUGCUGGACAGAAAAGCGAUGAGCGUGGUUCGAUUAUCGUUGUCCAGAAACAUCGCCUCCUUUCCUUGUGUAAUAUCUCUCAUAAAAUAUAUGGCAGUCAAAUUAAGAGACUCAAGAUAUUGUAAUCUCAUAUACGAAGAAUAGCACAUCAAUAGAGAAUAUCUCAUAAAUGCAACGGGUCAAAGUAGUAUGGUAAGAAAAUAAUUUAUUGUCC